AUGUCGACAACACAACAGCCACACUGGUCCCUCCAGAAGUCGUUUGCUGAGCGGGUAGAGAGCUCGUCGCAUCCCCUCACCAGCUACCUCUUCCGCCUGAUGGAGGUCAAGCAGUCCAACCUCUGCCUCAGCGCCGAUGUCGAGCAUGCGCGAGAGCUCCUCGCCCUUGCCGACAAGAUUGGCCCCUCGAUUGUCGUCCUCAAGACCCACUAUGACCUGAUCACAGGGUGGGACUACCACCCGCAUACCGGCACCGGCGCCAAGCUGGCCGCCCUCGCCCGCAAGCACGGCUUCCUCAUCUUCGAGGACCGCAAGUUCGUCGACAUUGGCAGCACCGUUCAGAAGCAGUACACGGCCGGCACCGCCCGCAUCGUCGAAUGGGCCCACAUCACCAACGCCGACAUCCACGCCGGAGAGGCCAUGGUGAGCGCCAUGGCCCAGGCCGCCCAGAAGUGGAGGGAGCGCAUUCCCUACGAGGUCAAGACGUCGGUUUCGGUCGGCACCCCGGUCGCGGACCAGUUUGCCGACGAGGAGGCUGAGGACCAGGUUGAUGAGCUUCGCAAGAUUGUACCCCGCGAGAAUAGCACCAGCAAGGAAAAGGACACGGAUGGGAGGAAGGGUAGCAUCGUCUCCAUCACGACCGUCACGCAAACAUAUGAGCCGGCCGACUCGCCACGUCUGGCCAAGACCAUCUCGGAGGGCGAUGAAGCCGUGUUUCCCGGCAUUGAGGAGGCGCCUCUAGACCGUGGACUGUUGAUCCUGGCGCAAAUGUCAUCCAAGGGCUGCCUUAUGGACGGCAAGUACACAUGGGAGUGUGUCAAGGCGGCGCGCAAGAACAAGGACUUUGUCAUGGGCUAUGUCGCGCAACAAAACCUCAACGGAAUUACCAAGGAGGAUUUGGCCCCAGGCUAUGAAGAUGGGGAGACCUCAACGGAGGAAGAGGCGCAAGCAGACAACUUCAUUCACAUGACACCCGGCUGCAAGUUGCCACCACCGGGAGAGGAGGCGCCUCAGGGUGACGGACUUGGUCAGCAGUACAACACGCCGGAUAACCUUGUCAACAUCAAGGGCACCGAUAUCGCGAUUGUUGGACGUGGCAUCAUCACCGCGUCGGAUCCUCCUGCCGAGGCUGAGCGCUACAGGAGGAAAGCCUGGAAGGCGUACCAGGAUCGUCGGGAGCGUCUGGCCUAA